AAGCGUCCUUAGAAGCGCCAUCAUCCUGUUGUUGAUACUUUUAGCAAGCUAACAAAAGCUAGCUAGCUGUAGUUAAUCCUUGUAAUGUAAAAUGUUUUCAAUAAUCUAAUUCCAGGUUCGUGACUUCUCUUAGGAUAGUAAAAACUAUCAAGAAUAAUAGUAACCAUGACAGCAGCUGCUCUUCAGAUAGGAGACCAGCUGAUCUUGGAAGAAGACUAUGAUGAGAACUAUAUCCCCUCUGAACAAGAGAUCCACGAGUACGCAAGAGAGAUUGGCAUUGAUCCCGAUUGUGAGCCGGAACUCCUAUGGCUGGCCAGGGAGGGCAUCGUGGCCCCACUGCCUGCAGAGUGGAAGCCCUGUCAGGACGUGACGGGGGACGUGUACUACUUCAACUUCUCCUCGGGCCAGUCCACCUGGGACCACCCCUGUGACGAGCAGUACCGCCGCCUGGUGGACACGGAGCGCCAGCGCGCCCAGCCGCGGCCCGGUACCGCCGCCGCCACGGGCAGGAAGGACAAGGAGAAGAAGAAGAAAGACAAGAAGGAAAAGAAGGGCAAGAAGAAAAAGGAGGGCGACAUUCUCAAGCCCAAAGGGCCUUUGAGCUCUUCCCGAGGGCCACUGCAGGCUCCGCUGGGAAGCCUGGCCCCUCUGCGGGGUCUGGAUGCCUCCUCCGGCCCCAUUCCUUCCCUGCGGGGGUCCCUUGGCAGCUCGGGGGGACUGGAGCCCCUCAAGACCCCCUUGGGAGGCCCUCUGUCCAGCCUGGGGUCCAGUCUGCUGGGGGGCCGGCACGAGGAGCGGGUGUCCCUGCCCCUGCCGGGCCUGGACGACGAGGAGGAGGACAACAUGUCAGAGGACGAGAGUCCUAGAGGCUCGGCCCGCCUGCUGCAGAACCUCCAUCUGGACCUGGACGCUCUGGGAGGAGGGCUGCAGUAUGAGGACAGUGAGGCCAGUGUUGCUGCCCCACCCGAGGAGAAGACCGAGCCAGAGCUACAGGACCUGGCGUUGUCUGGAGACCACAGCCCUGAUCCCCCUUCCCAACAGGACUCUCUCGGCGGACGACGCCCGCGGCCGUCUCCUCCUGCGGGCAACAGAGUCCGUAGCGGGACGGGGGCCGGCCCCCCCAGCCCAGCCCCCCUCAGCCCAGCCCCCCAGCCUGCAGGCCUCUCAGACAGGGGGGAGGAGGGAGAGGAAGGGAAAGAGGAGGAGGAGGCUGGAGAGUGGGAGAAGUAUGGAUCCGAGGCCAGUGAACACAUAGAGGUGGCUUCAUCCUCAACGGACGACAUCAAGACUGGGUUCCGCUCCAAGCUGUCAGAGAAGGUUCUGGACCUGGAAGACCUUUCCCCUGCGGUCAGCCCACCUGCCCUAUCACAGACUCAGACAUCCAAUCACAACACCUCUGCAUACUCGUCCAAGACCCAGUCACAGUGUAGCAGUUGCCGUACUGAAAAAGAAGGGAAGGACUCAUUCAAGGAGGAGGAAGAGAGGGACGAGAGGAGGAAGAGGGCAGAAGCUGCUGAAAAGCGUCUCAAGGCCGCAAGCAUGGAGCUCAGCUCCUCCCAGGCCAGCAGCCCCUCCCACUCCGAGGCGCAGCGCCCGCGUGCCGAGGGGGGCAGCGUGAGCGCCAGUCUGGGGGUCCUCCAGGAGACGGCCAGGGGCAGGCUGGUCCGCACGCCCCGCGCCCAGCGCCAAGAGGCCCAGAGCCCGACCAGGGACACCCCGGACGAGGAGCGGGAGACGAGGGAGACGGAGAGGCGGGCGGCGGAGGAGAGGGAGCGUGCGCGGCGGGACAGGGAGGAGAAGACGAGGGCGCUGGGAGAGGAGCUGAGGAGGGAGGAGGAGGAGGAGGAGCGGAGGCUGAGGGAGGAGAGCGAGGAGAGGGUCAGGGCUCUGAGGCAGCGUCUCCAGGAGAAGGACCGAGGGGAGGAGAGCAGGCUGCGUGUGGAGUCGGAGAGCAGGCUACAGCAGCUGAGAGAGACCGCCCUGAAGGAGAGGGAGCACCAGCAACGCACGCUCAGAGAGGAGGGGGAGACCGUGCUCAGAGAGCUGCGGGCUGCCCUGGAGGCAGACCGGGGGGCGGAGCUUGAGAACCUGGAGACUCAGAGGAGGCAGAACCUGGAGCGUCUGAAGGCGGAGUCAGAGGAGGAGCUUCGGGCGGAGAGGCGGAGGCUAUUGGCCGACAGGGAGGAGCAACUGGACUCCCUCAAACAGGAGGCCAGAGGCAGUGAAAGAAGGAGGGAGCAGAAGAGCCCUGGCCCAGGACAGCAGCUGGCAGAGUACCAGAGAGAGUUGGGUGAUGUCAUGCAGGAAGUGCGGGAGGAAGUUCAGCGAGACCACAACAGGAAGUUGGAGCAGCUCAGAGACGAGCACCGCAGAGAGCUGAACGCCAUCAGAGAGAGACACCUGGACGAGGAGAGCGUCCAGCGGGAGCGUCUGAUGGGCGAGCUGCAGGAGGAGAGAGAGCGCCUGCAGGCCUCCCACAGCACCCAGCUGGAGAGGCUCUCCUCCCAGCUCUCCUCCCAGCUCAGCAAGGCACGACAAACACACGCCUGCAAGGAGGCAGACCUGCAGGAGCUGUCAGACAAGUUGAAGCUGAGAGCCAGGGACAUAAAGAGCCAGGAGGUCAUGCUGCAGACCAGGGCAGCAGACCUGAAGAAGAGGAGGAGCCAACUUGGAGAGGAGGAGGGAGAGGUGGACCGAGGACUGGAGGGUCUGUCACGGGUGAUGCAGGAGAGAGAUGGACUGAGGGAGGAUCUGGAGAGGGCGAGGGAGGAGAGAGACAGAGCCAGGCAGGACGCGGAGCGAGCGAAGGAGGAGAGGGCCCAGGCACGGGAGGAGGUGGAGAGGAUGAGAGGGGAGAGGGAGAAGGCGAGGGAGGAGGGCAGGAGGAUGAAGGAGGACAGGGACCAGCUGGAGAGCAAGGUGGAGCUGCUGCAGGAGCGACUCAGCCGGAGAGUCAGUGAUCUGGAGAAGAGCGAGGUCAAGAGGGUCCCUCCCAGAGCCAGCAGUGUCCUGAGACAGGAGGAGGAGGAGAGGGCACCAGCGCCCUCUAGUGACGACAGACAGAAGUCCCUCCGUCUGCAGGACCUGGAGGACCACCCUCUCUCCCCCCUCCCCGUGUCCAGCGACAGCAGCCUGGAAGACCUGCGUCAGUACAUCUCCAACGAGGGCAUGUCCAUUCACAAAGCCCGCCAGUUCCUGGACAGGGAGAACGGCCGCCUGAGCAAGAGACAGUCAGCGCUGCAGGCAGCCCAGUCCAGCUGCCCUCAGGACCCCAGCACUCAGGAGAUGUUCCGGAACCUGCAGCAGGAGGCCACUGAAGUGGAGAACUUGAUGUUGACCAUCCAGAGGGGGAACGUUCUCCUGAGGACCAAAGAGGAGAAACUGCAGCAGCUGGAGACCUCCGUGGUGGAGGAGCCUCUGUCUGAAGAGCUGGCCAGGAUGUCCGCCGACAGGAAGGUGACGUUCGACGUGUCCGACUCGGACCUGAGCAGCGUGGACGUCCACAACGGCACCGGCACCCCCCCUACUGUUCCGGCCAAGGUGCAGCAGUUGACGGAGUCCCUGCAGCAGAUCUCAGGGCAGCUCAACACGGUUCUGGGGGCGCUGGGGUCCCUGGCCCAGAGGCAGGCCCCGUACGCCCCCUUACCCCUCCCCUUGCUCCGGGUCACCCCUACUCCCACCCCCCUGUCCUUCUCCCAGCCCCUGGCAUCCCCCUCGCUGGGCCUCUCCGGACCCUCCUGGGCCUGGGGCCCCCACACCCCCGCCCUCCGCAUGCCCGGCACCACCCCCACCGCGGGGCCUCCUCUACGGGGGGCCGACGGCCUGCUAAGCAGCCGCUGGACCAAGCUGUUCCCUGGGGCAGAUGUGGAGCCCAUGGCCUCCAGCACUCUAAGGACCAGCUCUGUCUACUCAGGGUACACUCCUGCCAGUGAGCAGGCUCGUAGCCUGGCGUCCAGCCAGAGGUCAGUGGAGGUGGACGGACAGAGGAUGCAGGGGCUGAUAGAUGGCAACAAGAAAUGGCUGGAGACACGCAGAAAAGAUCCCACUGUGCCGCUUUUAACACGUUAUCGAACCCCCGCCGCCAUGAGUGGCUUAGUCCAGCUGGGUCUGGAUGACAACAACCAGAUUAAAGUCUACCAUUACUGAGGAGUGGCCCACUGUGGAGGGGGGGGGCAGCAGGGACCAAGGAACCACAACAAGCACAACCAGCAGUACUGUCACUGCAACUAUAUACUUAUGAAGGGCUAUUGUGGACCAGGGCUGGAACAUUCACUUAGUCACACAGAGAUCUGUAUCACAGAGGGCGGUGUGGAGUCGUACAGGCCCAACACGUCAAGGCUGUCUGCCAUACGUCACGUCACCUACUGGGGCUUCAUGUUGCACUGCUGAGACCAGGGGAGGGACAUGCUGCGGCUGUCAAAGCGUCAGGAUGGCGGUAAAGGGUUGUUUUCAUGGAAGCCAUCUUGGGAGAACUUCUGGGGUAUAUGACUGUCACCCAAGUAAACUGUACUAUCAGAAACACCCCCUCUGUUCCCUGUUAGUAGGUAGACCUGUACAGUACGUGUGCUUUUUACCAGUAUUUUUUUAUCUGAAUUAUUUUAAUAAAUGUAAAGUGGUGUAUAUU